AUGUAUUAUGCACUCUCUUAUUAUUCCAAAGUUACAUUAUCCAACCUUAGAGCAAACUCCUCCCUCAGUAAGUCUCCUCCAAGGAGCAUGCAGAUAGUUGCUGCCAUGUGUUCCAAAGUGCCUCUCAUCAGUAAUGCCAUUGUUAAAGCUACAGACAGUGAUUCAUUUAACUUGCUGGUUAACAACGGAGCUGCAGCUGGCCAAGUCAUAUUUCACACGCAUAUUCACAUAAUCCCACGUAAGGAACGUGACUGUUUAUGGGCUUCUGAGAGCUUGCGGAGACAGACAAUGAAACUGGACAAGGAAGCAUCUCAGCUGGCGUUGCGUGUUCGAGAACAGUUGUGCAGAGUUCCUGAAGAACAGUUGGUUCAGCCCUCAUCAUAA